GGGGGGACUGGUGAGUCCAGCUCUCUUGAUGCAAAGGAGUUCCAGAACGCACAGAGAGAGAGAGAGAGAGAGAGAGAGAGAGAGAUGGAAGCGUAUCGAGAGACGGAGGAAGAGGACGAGGAACGGCGCCGCCAGAGGAAGCUCGAGGAGGCUCUCGAAGUCAAGUCGCUUCGCCGCAUCAUCAGUGCCUAUCUCAAUUAUCCUGAUGCUGCUGAUGAGGAUGUGAGGCGAUGGGAAAGGUCUUACAGAAAGCUCCCACCUGCUCACAAGGCAGUACUGUCGCACUAUCCUCAGAAGUUUCGUAAAUUGAGACAGUGUAUUGCCGCGAACUCAUACUUCAUCUUUAGCAUGCUUCAGGCAUUUGAACCACCACUGGAUAUGAGCCAGGAUGUUGACAUUACAGAGCAUGAACACCAUGAUAUGCCACAUGACCACCAGUUUUCAUCUGAGAGGAAUAUUUGCUGUGCUCAGACUGCUUCAACAAGUGGAAAUGCGGGUUCAUGUGAAUGCACUGAACCAGUUCAUAGGGAUGAGAACGAUUCAAUUCACACUUCAACCAAAAGAAUGACUAGUUCUCAGGAGGAAAAGAGAGAGAAUGUAUCUGAAGCGGGGAAUUCUUCUUCAGAGGCAGAACCCUACAAAGAAAGAUGCAAACAUAACAGUAAUGAAGUUGCCGAAUCAAAUGGAAAUGGUCCUUCAUCGCCUGGCGACUGGUUGUCUCCUUCAUUGCAAUUGGAUGUUCCAUUGGUUGACGUUGACAAGGUCCGUUGUAUUAUAAGGAACAUAGUUAGAGAUUGGGCAGCUGAGGGCAAGAAAGAACGUGAUGAAUGCUAUAAGCCUAUUCUUGAGGAGCUUGAUGCACUCUUCCCUAACCGCUCUGAGGAAAGCCCUCCUGCCUGUUUAGUUCCUGGGGCGGGUCUUGGGAGGCUAGCUUUAGAGAUAUCGUCUAUGGGUUUUAUUAGUCAGGGAAAUGAAUUUUCAUACUACAUGAUGAUCUGCUCGAAUUUUGUCCUCAAUCAUACUCAAACUGCUGAAGAGUGGACAAUCCACCCCUGGAUCCACAGCAAUUGCAAUUCACUUUCUGAGAGUGAUCAGCUUCAUCCUGUCUCAAUUCCAGAUAUUCAUCCAGCGAGUGCAGGGAUUACGGAAGGGUUCUCUAUGUGUGGUGGCGACUUUGUCGAGGUCUAUAGUGAACCAAGCCAAUUAGGAGCUUGGGAUGUAGUGGUGACCUGUUUUUUCAUCGACACUGCCCACAACAUCAUUGAGUACAUCGAAAUCAUAUCAAGAAUUCUCAAAGAUGGGGGAGUUUGGAUAAAUUUGGGUCCCCUUCUUUAUCACUUUGCUGACAUGCAUGGCCAAGAAGAUGACAUGUCCAUCGAAUUGAGUUUGGAGGAUGUGAAGAGGGUCGCUCUGCAUUAUGGUUUUGUGCUUGAGAAAGAGAAGACCAUUGAGACUACUUACACAACCAAUCCGAGGUCCAUGAUGCAGAACCGAUAUUUUGCGGCUUUUUGGACAAUGAGAAAGAAGCCAGUAGAAAUGAAUCAUUCUGCAUCCUAAAUGCCUUGCAUUGGUCUUCCUUCUCCGAUUGAUUUCCCGCCUUUAGGUGUAUUAUUUCAAUUCAUGUGAAAGUUAUAGCACUUGGUCUUAUCUGAUAUGACACCACAUGCACUAUUCCUUCAUGGUAUAGGAAUUAUCUACAUUGCUGCCCUUUAUCAGGACGAUCUGUGUGUGAGUGAAUUUGGAUUCCGUCACUUGAUUUAGCUAAAUGAUGUGAAUAAUCAAGUCUUCAGUUUUGAUCCAUUA